CUCGUUGGUACCAUACAACCCUAUACCAUAACAAACUUGCAGUUCCAGCUCCAGAAAUAUGUCUACAAUUACCGCUCGAGCUUCCCAAAGCUCGUAUCCCCCUACACUACCUAGGGACUUCAACGCCAAUCAGCCGAAAACAAUUCGCCUAUAUCCCCUCAGCAAUUACACUUUUGGGACGAAAGAUGGUCAACCAGAGGAGGACCCUUCGGUACUCGCCCGUCUGAAGCGCCUUGAAGAACACUACCAGGAGCAUGGCAUGCGACGAACCUGCGAGGGCAUCCUGGUCUGCCAUGAACACAACCAUCCCCACAUCCUCAUGCUACAAAUAGCAAACGCGUUCUUCAAGCUACCCGGCGACUACCUCCGCGCAGAAGACGACGAGACCGAGGGCUUCAAAGCCAGGCUGAACGAGCGGCUCGCACCCGUUGGCACACAAUUUUCCGGCGAGGGCGUCAAUGACGAGUGGGAGAUCGGUGACACACUUGCGCAGUGGUGGCGACCAAACUUUGAGACAUUCAUGUACCCUUUCAUCCCCGCACACGUCACAAGGCCGAAGGAGUGCAAGAAGCUAUACUUUAUCCAAUUGCCCAAGAGCAAGGUUCUUAGCGUCCCCAAGAACAUGAAGCUUCUCGCCGUUCCUCUAUUCGAGCUUUAUGACAACACAGCACGCUAUGGCCCGCAAUUGUCUGCCAUCCCUCACCUCUUGUCGCGCUACAACUUUGAGUUCGUCGACGAGAAUGGAAACGUCGCUGCUAUCACACCAGGAACCGGCCCCACCGAUGGCUCGAACCUCCAAACGAAGGUGUUAGCGGGCGGAGAGGAUGUGAAGAUGGAGCAGAAUGGUGAUGCAUCAAGUGAACAUACGGUGUCGUGAGCUUUCAAUCGAAGAUUUGAUGAAGCCAAUUUUGUUCAUAAACUAAGGGUGUAACAGCGCUGCGUUUAGGAGCAAAACAUUGGAUGAAAUGCUCGCUGAGCUACAGCAUCUUAUAGCAAAUCCCACUCGGCGCACAUGAGGAUCGGCGUUACAUGGGGUUUUAUGAUUGACAGUGUAGGAGGGAAAUGGGACUUCAUUGUUGGCAUGCUCAGACACUCGUGUUUCGGGUGAAAAGAAGACUAAUUAAAUAAUCAAAAACACUUCAAAACUGUGACCAAACUAUCGA